AAUGGUAAUGUUCAUCAUCAUCUUCUCAUGUCUGUUCGGUGAUGUUUCACAGAUAUUGAUAAUGGGUUUCAGCGUGAUCAUCAUCUUUGCUCUGCUGCAGAUCCGUCUGCUGAAUGCUGGGGUGAAUCCAGAGGAUCUUUCUAACAUUGAAAGAACUGACUCUUCUAAUCCCCAUCAGCGUCACGCUCGUGCAUUGCCUCUAAAGAAGCUUUUUGCUGGGAAAGAUAAGGAGGACCGGAGCAUUCUUGACCCAAACACUUACUUGGAGUUGGUUGACUCAAAAACUCCACCUGAAGAUGCAUAUACAUUUUUCCAUAAAGAAAAAGAAUAUUACAUUAUUCAAACGGGGAAAUGUAAUGAAUUUAAGUUAGAAAUACUUGAUAAGUUUAAUGCUAAUGAUAAGGAACAUCAAUUUCUGGUGAAUAAAGACAACUUUGAAGAUUUAGAGUGGAAAACAUGGGCAGAUAUAGAGAGUAGCAAGACUCCAUUUGCCCCAGUGUGGAUUUGUGAACAUUAUUACAUUGCUAAAGAUGAAUCUGGUAAGCCUUCUUUGACCAAACAAAUAGAUAAAACAAAAAAGAAAACUGAAUAUCUCUACCUAAACAAUGACAAAUUGGAGACAUUAGAUAUGCAUUCUGAAGAUCCAGUACAGAAAACGCCAGGAAAUAUAGAAGUGCUAAAACAGUUCAUAUUUGUCAACAAGAACUGUAAGUCAGCCAAACAUGUGGUGAAGUUGGAUCAAGGCAGUGACGAAUCAAGUUCUUCUCAGAAGGGCCGUACGCAUGCGUUCGGAGGAUCAGCCUCUGGUGGAUCACUUAAUCUGAAAUAUGACUACAGUCGCUCGAACACUAUAACGACAUCCAAUGUUGAUAAGAUGCUGCACUCAUGGAAUAUGGAGAUAGAGGUUCCUCCCAACCAUUCUUGCUCCAUUAAAGUGACAAGCAAAACCUUUACGAGUACAGUCCAGUACUCUUAUAUAUCAUAUAUAUAUAGAUGAAAAUAAUUGCAUUCGCUGCAUUGUUGUUUUCUGCAGUAUUUUAGCACGAGUAUAAAUCUGCUGUUCACCGUGUUU